AUGCCCAAAAUCGAGGAAGGCAUUAAGCUGGACUUCAAGGACGUCCUCCUUCGUCCGAAGCGCUCAACGCUGAAGAGCCGCUCUGAGGUGGACCUCAAGCGUGAGUACACCUUCCGCAGCUCGGGCCAGCGGUACACUGGCAUCCCCAUCAUCGCCGCCAACAUGGACACCAUUGGCACCUUCGAGAUGGCCCUGACGCUGCACAAGCACGUCUGCUUCGUCGCCAUUCACAAGCACUACAGCAUCGAGGAGUGGGUGACCUUUGCCAGAGAGCACAAAGAGGUUCUUGAGAACGUCGCCGUCAGCUCCGGCUCCAGCGAGGCGGACUUUGAGAAGCUGAAGGAGAUCAUCGGCCACAUUCCCGAGCUGAAGUUCAUCUGCCUGGACGUGGCCAACGGCUACAGUGAGCUCUUUGUGGAGUUCGUGAAGAAGGUGCGCGCCCAGUUCCCACAGCACACGCUGAUGGCCGGAAACGUCGUCACCGGAGAGAUGGUCGAGGAGCUGCUGCUCUGCGGCGCGGACAUCAUCAAGGUGGGCAUCGGUCCGGGCUCGGUCUGCACGACGCGCAAAAAGACCGGCGUCGGCUAUCCCCAGCUCUCCGCCGUCCUCGAGUGUGCCGAUGCGGCCCACGGCCUGGGCGGGCAUAUUAUCUCUGACGGCGGUUGCACCUGUCCAGGUGACGUCUGCAAGGCUUUCGGUGCAGGCGCCGACUUUGUGAUGCUCGGCGGGAUGCUGGCCGGCCACGACGAGUGCACCGGCGAGGUGGUGGUGAAGCCGAACGGCCGGAAGGUGAAGCAGUUCUACGGCAUGAGCUCUGCGACGGCCAUGGUGAAGCACCACGGCGGCGUGGCCGAGUACCGCGCCAGUGAGGGCAAGACCGUGGAGGUGCCCUACCGCGGGCCCGUGGAGGCGACCAUUCUGGACGUGCUGGGCGGCCUCCGCUCCGCCUGCACCUACACCGGCGCCGGCAAGCUGAAGGAGCUGCCCAUUCGCACCACCUUCAUUCGCGUCACCCAGCAGACCAAUGAGAUCUUUCAGAUGCACGAGGUUUAG